CGCAUUUUUCGUUGGUGGCGUGGUUCCGAUAUUCCGACUCUAUUGAAACUAUACACAAUUUCCACCUCAAUUGAAAGGAAAGAGAUUCUGAGCCAAAAAUCUGGUUAACUCUGCGGAAAAUGGAUACGUGCUUCUUUUGUGGCGCCGUGGACGUAGAGGAAGACGCCAGCGUCAGCUAUGAGAAACUUUCUGCGAAAGUGCCGUCGUCACAGAAGACAAUUUCGGUGGUGCUGAACCAUCUUGCCAACUGCAUAAACACAAGUCUCAAAUUGCCAGUAAACUCAAAACUUUGCCCCCGGUGUUUCAACGAGCUGGCUGAUUACGAUACCAUAAUGGUUAACUUAAUGACCACACAGAAGCGUCUGACGAACCAGUUGAAGACAGCACUAAAGUCAGAGUUUGAAAGUCCUGAGCCCUCGGAGGAUUUGGUGGUGGAAGAAGCGCCACUGGAGGAUGCCGACAACGACGCCGAUGCUGUGGCCGACGCAUUGUUUGUGGAACUUGUGAAGGACCAAGAAGAUUCUGAUGCAGAGAUUAAGCAGGAGUACGACGAUGACGAGGAGGAGGAGGAAUUCGUUUGCGAAGUCGACGUGGGGGAGUCGGAGGGUGGCAUGCAUGAAAGAUCCGAGCUGGAUGAUAAGCCACCCAAGAAACGCACCAAGCAGGAGUGCAGCCACUGUGGAAAAGUUUACAAUUCGUGGUACCAAAUGCAAAAGCACAUCAAUGAAGACCACUCGACAACGCAGAAUCACAUCUGUCCCAUAUGUGGUGUCAUACGCCGAGAUGAGGAAUAUCUGGAGUUGCAUAUGAACUUGCAUGAGGGCAAGACCGAGAAGCAAUGUCGCUAUUGCCCGAAGAGCUUCUCCAGGCCCGUCAACACUCUGAGGCACAUGCGCAUGCACUGGGACAAGAAGAAAUAUCAGUGUGAGAAGUGCGGACUGCGCUUCUCCCAGGACAACUUGCUCUACAACCAUCGUCUCCGCCACGAAGCCGAGGAAAAUCCCAUAAUCUGCAGCAUUUGCAAUGUGUCCUUCAAGUCGCGCAAGACAUUCAACCACCACACGCUUAUACACAAAGAAAACAGACCCCGUCACUACUGCUCUGUUUGCCCCAAGUCGUUCACUGAACGCUAUACCCUCAAAAUGCACAUGAAGACCCACGAAGGCGAUGUUGUCUAUGGGGUCAGAGAGGACGCUCCGUCAGACGACCAGCAAGUGGUGGAGGAGCUUCAUGUGGAUGUGGACGAAUCGGAGCAGGCUGUGACUGUCAUCAUGUCGGACAAUGACGAAAACAGUGGAUUCUGUUUGAUCUGCAACACCAACUUUGAAAACAAAAAGGAGCUCGAGCACCACUUACAAUUUGAUCACGAUGUCGUCCUAAAAUAGACUAAUUUGUACUUUACUUUAGUAAUAUUCCCUUUCAUGUGUAAUUCUUCAUAUAAUUAACUGAUAACGAAAUAUAUAAACGUUUUUGAAGCGGCAAAGAGAGGUGGUUCCUAUUCAUAGGGCCGGCCGGUAAGAUUAGUUUUAGUCUAGACUCUGUGGCACAUAUUAAAGGAAUAAAAACUUUUGAUUUUCA